AUGCCUGGCGGAUUGAUUGAACGGGCGAGGGAUGGGGUUGGGAUGAACGGAGUGGAGAGUGAGUGGGGUGACAAGGGAAGCAGCAGCACCUCCAUAUCCUCCACCUCGUCACCUGCUGUGAUGCCUGGCGGAUUGAUUGAACGGGCGAGGGAUGGGGUUGGGAUGAAUGGAGUGGAGAGUGAGUGGGGUGACAAGGGAAGCAGCAGCACCUCCAUAUCCUCUACCUCGUCCCCUGUUGUCAUGCUGUACCUUAUGGCCAGGUGCCUGGCGGGUGGUGCAAGCAUGGGGUGGGGCCGGGGUAACAAUGGGGUGAAUGUGUGUCAGGAGUGGGGCGACGAGGAAGGGAAGCAGCAGCACCUCCAUGUCCUCCACCUCGUCCCCUGCUGUCUUGCUGUACCUCAUUGCCAGGUGCCUGGCGGAUUGAUUGAACGGGCGAGGGAUGGGGUUGGUAUGAAUGGAGGGAGGGUGCGUGGGGCGACAAGGGAAGCAGCACCACCUCCAUAUCCUCCACCUCCUCCCUUGCCGUGGGCGAGCGACCGAGUGAACAAGGGUGGGGUGAGGGCAGGUAACGAUGGGGUGAGAGCAGGUAACGAUGGGGUGAGAGCAGGUAACGAUGGGGUGAGAGCAGGUAACGAUGGGGUGAGAGCAGGUAACGAUGGGGUGAGAGCAGGUAACGAUGGGGUGAGAGCAGGUAACGAUGGGGUGAGAGCAGGUAACGAUGCGGUGAGAGCAGGUAACGAUGGGGUGAGAGCAGGUAACGAUGGGGUGAGAGCAGGUAACGAUGGGGUGAGAGCAGGUAACGAUGGGGUGAGAGCAGGUAACGAUGGGGUGAGAGCAGGUAACGAUGGGGUGAGAGCAGGUAACGAUGGGGUGAGAGCAGGUAACGAUGGGGUGAGAGCAGGUAACGAUGGGGUGAGAGCAGGUAACGAUGGGGUGAGAGCAGGUAACGAUGGGGUGAGAGCAGGUAACGAUGGGGUGAGAGCAGGUAACGAUGGGGUGAGAGCAGGUAACGAUGGGGUGAGAGCAGGUAACGAUGGGGUGAGAGCAGGUAACGAUGGGGUGAGAGCAGGUAACGAUGGGGUGAGAGCAGGUAACGAUGGGGUGAGAGCAGGUAACGAUGGGGUGAGAGCAGGUAACGAUGGGGUGAGAGCAGGUAACGAUGGGGUGAGAGCAGGUAACGAUGGGGUGAGAGCAGGAGAGCACUGUUGGAGGAUACUUUGA